ACCGGCAGUGAGUUACGCGCGUAACAAAACGUACCGUGUAAAUUGAUAUGAUGUGAAUGUGAUGCUGUCUGAUUGAUUUGCAAGUGGAACCCGGAACCUGGAAGAAUUUUUCGUCAGAAAGAUGGAGGUUUUCCUUGUUAUAUUGAGUAUUUUGUAUGUUGUGCGACCAGUUGUCUGUGACUGUGUGGUGGACAGCAAGUCAGAAGAAAAGUACAAAAAUCUUUUUAAACCUCUCAAAGGAAAAACUUUAUCUCUUCGUGAUAGUGCAGAAAAGUAUCAAUACGACAUCAGGUUUUGUGAAGCCAUUGAUGGUCGGGAGACAGAAGAUGUUGGAGUGAUUCAAACAGAACUUACAGGAGAGAACAAGUCCUCACCUGCGAAAGUGGUAAUAGGAAGAAUAACCGCAACUGAUAUCAAAACUGGAACUGAUUGGAUUUUACUAACGUACAAAAAUGGAAAAGAGUAUGGAAGUCACUGUGGACAAGAGGCCAGACAGGCACACAUCAUGAUGUUAUGCGACACUAAGCACCUCAUGGGAACAUCAGUUGUUGUGGAAGAGAAUAAUAAUAAGGAGAAGGAUUGCUCCUAUAUAUUUGAGAUGACCACAACUGUAGCGUGUACAGUAUCUCCAGUAUCUCCUUUCCCCGGCCUAAGCAUCGGGUCCGUCUUAGUUAUCAUAACCUUGUCUGUGAUUGCAGCAUAUAUCAUCUUAGGGUUCAUCUUUCAACGCUUCUUUAUGGGAGCCAAGGGCAUUGAGCAGUUCCCGAAUGUGUCUUUCUGGAGGGACUUUGGAAAUCUGGUGGCUGAUGGAUGUGUACUGGUAUUCCGCACCAGCCCUCCUCAAGAGUCAAGGAGUUACAAAGGACUAGGGGAUGACCAGCUUGGCUUCGAUGAAGAGGAGGAAAGAGAUGAUCACAUGUUGCCUAUGUAGGACUCUGAUUGGUCAAUAGCUCUGGGUUUUAUAUUUUUCAUUUAUCUUCUUUUGCUUGGCACAGAAGGCAUUAAGAUUCAGUUGUAAUUGUUGCCCAUUAUGAAUACAGAAGCAGUCAGGUUCAUUUUAUGGCAUUAUAUUAGCAGUCAAAAUGCACUGUGAUAACUUUCUUGUUGCCUAAAUACUUGCACAUUGCUAAUUGAAAAAACCUUUUCAGAUAAUUGAGAUAAGCUGAAAUUUAUGUAGGCCAUGCAUCACACAGUUUUUAAUUCAUAAAUAGCCAGAAAUUGAUAAUGUUUUGGUUGUGGAGAUUCUUUAUAUUAAGAUUUCAAAUCCCUUAUACAUGUAUAUUCUGUACAUUCAGAAGUGAUGACAUGCUGAAUCCAUGAAAUUGAUCAAUUUGCUAACACCUGUGUUGUAAAGAGUUUAAUUGAAUUUUGAUUAAACUUGUUUGAUAAGGCCAAAAAAAAAAA